AUGCCAAGAGAGCCGUGGCAACGUGCCCACGGGCACGGCAGCCUUGGUCCGCGCCACCACCGUUCCACAUCGGGCCUGCGUCGCGGGUUGUUCCGGCCACGCGAGGGCGAGGAGGAUGGCGGGGAGAGUCACCGAGAUGAUCGCGUCCGGGGAGGGCGGCUUGGCCUCACCGCGGGCUCCCAGUUCCCCAGCGACAUGGAGGGCCGUGUCCAUGGGGGCUAUCCUUCUCGCCGGUACUACCUCCCCGCCGCCGGUGAUUCUUGUGUUCGUGGAGGCUAUCCAGCUUCUACCCGGUACCUCACCGUCGGUGACUCGUCCCGGCCAUCGAUGGCAUCGCGCGCAAGGGAGAAAGCUGAUAGCUUAGAGCGUGAGCUUCACAGCAUCGAGAGAUCCAUCGUCAUCCCGAUAUGCCUGAACCCCGAGUCCAGGGAGUUCUUCCCGGACAGGGACAGGGGCACCGCGCAGCGCCUCGACAGGUACCUCGCUGCUGCGAAGCGGCUGGAGCGGUUGGACACGUCAGGGGACAUCGAUCAGCGCAAGAAGAGCCUCCUCGAGACGGUCAUGUCCUGCCUCGCGGACGAGUUCUGCCACCUCAAGGUGUGGAGGCUGGACGACGCUACGGCGAGGGAUCACUCGCCGGCCUCCCUCUGGGAUUCCGCCAGGCGCAGCCGCAGUGGUUCCCAGGACUCUGCCCGGAUGAUGAGCUCCUCGUCCUCUGGGUCCUUCACCACCGGCAGCGGCGGCACAAGCGAUGCGAGCUAUGGCUCGUACCACAGGGGCCUAGGUGAAGAACCGUCGGUCCAAAGUCACAGCACGUUCGCCGCUGGAAUGAUUUAUGUCGACCGUAGGUCAUUGUCGAUCCUCCGUGAUAUUGCGAGCGUCAUGAUUGGGAGCGGAUAUGAAUAUAUUCUACGAGGAGCUUUUGAUCGACACGGCGCUCAACUUGCAAGGUACAUUGAAAUACUUGACAUUGACAACAUUUUUGGAUAUCAAAUGGAAGAAUCAAGAGAAAUUCUACUGAAAGUCUGGACAUCCGCAGUGCACAUUAUCAUUAGUUUUCUGAAUGAGAUGCAAAGACAAUUGGAUGCACAUGAUUUUGGUUCCUUCGAUAAAAUCAAGGAGGAAUAUUUCUUGGCAAUUGCAAAGGUAACUGUCAUGAAGUUGCUUGACUCAGCUAAUUAUAUCAGUUUUCAGGUGGACCCACCAACUGACCAGUCAUGCAAGAACAGUUAUGGGGCAGCUAAACGUAACCUAUCCAAAAUGGUAGAUGUUGUGAUGGUGUACCAAGCACUGGAUCAUGGUUUGCCAACAAUCUUAUCACUGCUUUCGGGGAAAACUAAGGAGCUCGUUGUUGCAAAGGGUGCAGAGCUUAUCAAGAGACUGUCAGAUAUGUUUGCCAAAUUAUCUGAUGAACUAAACAAUACUGUCAGAUCACAAUAUUUGUUCAUCACUGAUACUGGUGUCCAUCGUUUUACGAAGCAUGUCAUGGAUCAUAUACGAUUGCUAGUUCAACAUAAGAGGACAAUCUAUCCAAUGCUAGAGGGUGGUCUAGAAUCAUUUGGUGAACUGGUGACACGGCUGAUCUGGUCUUUGGAGUUCAUGUUGAACGUGAAUUCCAGGAGUUUGCAACUACAAGGGCAGGAGCAGAUAUUCCUUUUAAACAAUGUGCACUUCAUGCUCGAGGAAGCCGAGAAGAAUAUAGAGUUGGUACUGAUCCUAAGAGAAAGCUGGUUCUUACGGUGCCAGGACCAAAUCGACCAGUUCAUUGCAGGCUAUGUGGACGUGUCUUGGACACCGGUUAUGUCCUCACUUGAGAGGAAAACUCGGUUCUCGGUAAUAUUGUGGCCUCAUCAGUUGUUAUGCAAGUUCACUUCAGCUUUUGAGGUGACUUGCAGUGCGCACAAGCAUUGGAAAGUUUCUGAUCCACUGAUGCGGCACAAGUUGCGCGAAGCAAUCUCUCACAAGGUUCUCCCAUCAUUGUACCGAAUGCAUGUGGAGUGUGACUCAGAGAAGAUGAACAAGUCUGCGAGGUACAGCAUCGAGCAAAUAGAGUCUCAGCUGCUGGAAUUGUUUGAGGGGUGA